GCUGCCUGGCUGUGCUCCUUGUUGUGCAUUCCGUUCGAAAUCAGUUUGAUUCGCUCUACCAUAGCCAAACGGUCGGGUUCAGGUGGUCAGGGGCCCGCUCGGAGUACCAUAUAGCAGUAGUAAAAUAGACUACAUAGAGUGUCACUGCUUAGGCCAGAAAAUUUUCAAAAAACAUAAAAUCAAAUAGUAUUGAAAUUUUAGAAAAAUUUAUGAACGGAAAUCUAUGCCAACCAGCAGGAGGCAGGCAAAGAACAUGCCCACUUAAGCUACAAUGUGUUACAGUUCAAGGCUUGAAAUGCUCUAACGAGCCAAGGAAUAAAACUUAAUAAAAUAUAUUUGCAAAUUCGAAACAGCAGCAAACAACAUAAAACGACAAAAAAAAAGUGAAAACAAAGAAAUAAAAUAAAUAAAAAUUAAUAAAAAUGAAAUAAAAAUGUGGCGAGCGCAAGUUCAACUGCUUGCUAUAAAAUUUUCAGUGCAAAUGAAAUGAUCUCAAUUAAUCGAAAUAAAUGCAAACGACAAGUGUAUAGAAAAUGGAAUACAAAUGAAAUGAAAGUGUAAGAAAAGCAAAAAAAGUAGUAGAAAAAGAAGGCAAACAAAAAAAAUAUUUUCGAAUUCCGCAUUUGUGUCAACAGUGCAAUGCCUUCCAGCAAGCGACAUUAACACUUCAAAAGCAACAACAACACCAUAAUACAUUCAUGCAGCUGGCAGCAAUACAUACAGUCAAAAACCACCAACAACACCAACAACACCAACAGCAAGCACAUAAAUUGCAGUAAAAUUCAUCGAGUGCGUAAUUGAACGUCGAUGCGCCAGUGACGCCGUGAGUCAUUUGGAUUGUCAGUAGCUUCACACAGUGGCUGCGUGACUGCGUGGCUGCGUGGCUCAGUGACAGUGGUAUCCCGAAAAGGUCGCCGCAUUACGUGCAUUUCUUCUGUUGCGCGUGCACUGCAUAUUUCCUCAGAUAUUUUGCGGUUUGCGGAUGAAUUUCCCAUUUUUCAUGCUGCCCACACGCUUGCCAAACACCUACGAAGCAACAGCUGUCGAGAUUGAAGAAGAUAAAAUCUAAGCCGCGCAUACAAAUAUACAUACGUACACUGUAUAUCCGCGGACGGAGCAGGUGCGCUGGUGGUAAACUCUUUCUCUGUAAAGUGCAACUCGAGCGUUGACAACUGAAUAGAAAGGAAAUUGACGUUGUCGCAUUGACAGGCAACGCCAAGUACUGAACGGGGUGGGCGAGUGCAACACCGAGCGUGUGCUGGUGAGAGUCGACACUUUGCGUCACAAGACGACGCAGGACGUGCACAGGCCAAGGGACUAUAUAAAUUAUUAUGUCUUGUACAGUAUCGGAGCUGCCCUCAGGAUGUCACCUGCGUGGCAUGAGCUCCUCAUCAUCCUCAGCAAUCGUAGCAGCUGCAGCAGUAGCGGCCGCGUCCAAAAGUGGUGGUGGCGGUAGCACCUCGAAUACAGGUGGCGGCAGCAUUGGCAGCAAUAGUGGCGGUCUCAAUACGGGCGGCAUACAUGUGGGCGGUAUGCUGAGUACGACAAGCGCGCUAGGCGCAUCAACAACGAGUUCGCGCGGUGGUUCAACGGGGAAUGCGGGCGCAAGCUUACUGCCGGAGACGACGACAAUGAUGGCAACGGCGGCGACGACGGCGGCGUCAACGGCAACACAACGACAGCAACAGCAACAAUCACAAAAGCCAUGCUGUUUUUGCUGGUGUUGUUGUUGUUCGUGCUCGUGGGCAAAGUGUUUGGCAAUAAAAAAUGCGGAAGACAACGCACCAACAAGACGUGAUCCAGCGAGCGUGGAUCUCUUACUAGACGGUGAACAGCCUAGUCUGGAGGAGAUACGAAGUUGGGGCAAAAGUUUCGAUUUGCUAAUGAAAAAUGCGACUGGCCGCAAAGUGUUUCGUGACUUCCUACGCAGCGAGUUCAGCGAAGAGAACAUAUUAUUUUGGCUCGCCUGCGAAGAGCUGAAAAAAGAGAGUAGUUCAGAGGCGAUCGAAGAGAAGGCGCGUCUCAUAUACGAGGAUUAUAUAUCGAUAUUGUCGCCGCGGGAAGUAUCACUGGACUCACGAGUACGUGAGAUUGUCAAUCGCAAUAUGGUGGAGCCGACACCGCACACAUUCGACGAAGCGCAAAUACAAAUCUAUACGCUCAUGCACCGAGACUCAUAUCCAAGAUUCCUCAACUCGCAAAAAUUCAAAGCGCUCGCCCAGUUACAAGAUGGCAGCUUAUCAGCGGCGGCUUCCACAACAGACAGUCCCACUUAAGAGUUUGGGGCGCAGGUUAGGCGUUAGAAAGCUUGCUAAGCAGGCGAAAAUAAAAUUUAGUUAAAUUUACUAUGCAAAAUAUACUUAUGUAUGGGUGUGUGGUGUGUGGCUUGGGUAAGCAAGUAAGCAAGGAAAUGCACAAAGGAAGAAAAAUGAAGAAAAAUGAAGAAAAAUGAAAAAUAAAUCCAGGAAGGAUGUAAACGGCGAGUGGUAGGCGCUGGUUGUUUUAGCGUGCCAGAAAAAUAAGAAAUAAAAUAAAAUAAAUCAACAUUAAGGUGUGUUCGUAGAGAGCAUGCGAAAUGCAACAACUAAAGAUUUAAGUAGCACUUAAGCUCCAGCUCUAGAAAAGUGUAAGAACUAAGCAUUGUAAGCGCUUAAGUUUAAGUGUAAGACUUAAGCAACUACCACUUAGUGUUUAGCAUUAAUUAAAAGAGAAGAGGCACAAACGAAGGGGAGGAGGAGGAGGAAGAAGAAGCAAUGCUUGCUAUUUUAUUCAGUUUCCUAUUAGGGUCUAAGCGUCAAGCGUUAGAGCGUACUUACGACUUAAUUACUUACUUACUUACUUACUUACCUACUUACGGCUUAACUCAUGUACUUACACGCCUACUUAUAUAUUUACUUCAAUUUUUUUUGUAUAUGAACAGUGGGCUCUUGCAUGACUAUGUUUGGAAAUUUAGGAAUUUUUUUCUCAAAUAAGUACGUUUGGGUAUGGGUAAGAAAUAUAAUGAGCAGCACUUAAAAACGUAAAUUUGAAGUUUAAAAACUCUUUUUGGCCCAUUAUACAUACCUACAUACAGUACCAGCAUAUAUUAUAUAUGUAUAGAAUAACACUUUUCUACCACAUUUAUUGAGUUGACUAGAGCAAAAUGAACCAAAAAUAGUAAUUUUGCAAAAAACCAAAACCAAAACCAAAAAACAACAAAAAAAAACAUAC